UGUAAUCCAUCAACAAAACUCGGCAGACUCGUUUUUUAUUUGUAAUCAUCGCAUGCCCUACAUAGGUCUAUUUUUUCAAAUUUUUUACGCUAAACAAACAUUCCUCCCUUAUCAUAUAUAAAUAAUUCUUUCCAACGUUAUUGCUGGUUUGUUCCCGUCGAGACAGCCAAUUUAAUAGUAGUAGUGCCCGUUUUUAGACAUAUUUGAUACAUACAUAAAGAAUAAAAGAUGAAGUCGACAUGGAUAUUUUUAAUAUAUAUGUCGAUGGCAGUACUGGUGUGUUCAGAAAGCUGUAUAGAGGAAAAGAAAUACCACGAAAAAAAAUGCCAGUCCUACAACAAAGGCACCUACAUUGAAUGCGUUCAAGCGAGAAUGAAGAGGUAUUCGUCAAACUGUGUAUAUCAAGAUGAUUGCGAUGAAUGCAACUGUGACGAAUGUCAGUAUAGUACAUGUGGAGGUCAGUGCAAUAGUUGCUGCAAUUCCUGCUGCAGCAAUUUCGUUCAAUGUCAUUCCCAGCACUGCUGUCACAGACAAUGUCACAACGAAUGUCAAACCUUGUCUUGCAGAUCCGGUUGCAGAAGAUCUUGCUACGAGAACAUCCGAGUUGUUGAUACUAAACCCGAGAGACAGGUAUUGGUACCUGGUCGAGAUAGUACCACAAAGCACAACAUUACUACCGUAAUUAAUUUGAAAAAUAUUAUUAACAACACGAAUUUUCUGGACAUACCUAUCAACUUAAAUUAUACGAACAAAAAUAACAUUUCUAUAUUAGAUGAGGAUGGCAGCAGUAGUAUAUAUAAACCAAGUGAUGCAGGAAAGAGUGGUUGUUGUGUAGUAAUUAGUCCAAGGCAAUGUACAUCUACCAGUACAUAUCCUUUUCUGAGAUGUUUUCAUACAAGAGCACGCCAAUGCGGAAGUUUCUGCACUAGCAGCAUUGUUCACCAAGAAAGAAGAAAUAUUUGUAACAAUAUUAACGGUUUUCCUACUAAUUGUCGACAACAGCUUACAUACAUUCCUCAACCCCAACCUAGAUGCGUUUACACUACUAACUGGCCUUAUGUAUCUUGCGGCGUACAACCUCCCGGGAUGUCUUGUGAUGGAUGCUAUGGAGAACAAAACCAACAAGAUUUUCUCAAAUGCCCUCCAUAUUGUUACGAAAAUUUCAACGUGGGACCAGUUCAUCAACAAGAAAUGAUGUACCCAAGGAACAUGUUUCCAGAAUCCAGUCAUCCUAGUAAUCCUUGCUUAUAUUCUCCCGAAUCGUGCUAUUUUUCAAGGUUUGAUUUGGGACAAGGAAUGCCAGAAGUUAUUAAUGACAGUACCAUUCAAUCAAAAGGUCCUCAAGAUGCCACUCUACAACCCCCAAAUCCAGUUUAAAUGCCGAAUAUUUUUAUGAAAAUGGUUCAUGUUGUAACUAAGAUAUUCAAUUCCUAAAGGGUCAUCCUAACCUAACCUACAUGAAGUAUUAGGUGUUAUUAAAUUUUAAGUUAUAUCUAUAUAUAGUAUAUAAAUACAUUUUUAUACGUUUAUAUAAUGUUCGCCUCUCUUUAAGUGUAACCAGAACCUAAUAAUAAACAAA